UGUCUGUUGAGGAUCACGGCUCUCCUGCAGAUCACCGACUGAAUCGUGUUUUAAUCCUCUCAAUCUGCAGAUCACUUCAGGGUCGUUCGAGGAGCACAAGCAGAGGAGGAUUGCAGCGAUUGUAUUUCUUCAAAACAGCAACACACAUCCAGACGCAAUGCAGGCAGAUGGGAAGGCAGUGGAUGGCGGCCUGCUGCCUGAUGCUAACGGGAAAGAUCCAAACCCCGGUGGACAGACAGAGGGCUCCAAGUGGCAGAAACCCCGGCUCACGCGUAAAUCUCUGAUGAAGUGUUGCCUCGUCAAGUGGAUUAUCGCCAGCACCACGCAACAAGGGGAAGAUGACAGCUGUGACGGCGACCUUGAACUCUCAAUGGUGCGUUACCAACCUGAGGGCCUCGAUCAGCUCCAGGCGCAGACACAGUUCACCAGGAAGGAGCUUCAGUCGCUUUACAGAGGCUUUAAAAAUGAAUGUCCCAGUGGGCUAGUAGAUGAGGAAACUUUCAAGACCAUUUACUCACAGUUCUUCCCUCAAGGAGAUGCAACCACGUACGCACAUUUCUUGUUCAACGCAUUUGACAUGGACAGAAAUGGCUCCAUCAGGUUUGAGGACUUUGUGAUAGGACUGUCUGUGUUGCUUAGAGGCUCUGUUACAGAGAAACUUCGAUGGGCGUUCAACCUGUACGACAUCAACAAAGACGGCUACGUUACUAAAGAGGAAAUGAUGGCAAUAAUGACGUCGAUUUAUGACAUGAUGGGCAGGUAUACCUUACCCAGUGUACGAGACGAUUCUCCCUAUGAGCACGUAGAGAGAUUCUUCCAGAAAAUGGAUCGGAACAGAGAUGGAGUGGUGACUAUUGAUGAAUUCAUAGAAACCUGCCAGAAGGAUGAAAACAUAAUGGCGUCCAUGCAGCUCUUUGAGAACGUCAUCUAGUUUCUGUAGAGGGCCGUGGAUCAGUGUAGUGCUUCCAGUUGCAAGCUUCUGGGCAUGAAAUAACUUCAUCUAUACUGAAAAUGAAAAACUGGGUCGUGCAACACAUUUGACACAUUUUAAUACACAGGGGCAAACACUAUUACUUUUCCUGUCAAACUGUUAUGCAGAGAAAUGUGCAGAAUUCACCAAAUCACUUGAAGAAGAAAUGUUUCUUUGCAUGACAAUUUUGUUUUUGCACAUGAAGGAAUCGUGACAAAAACGUAAUCUUUAACAGAUGAGCAUGAGUUCUUGCCCAACAUUUAAAAGCAUGUAAUGCAAACCACAUUGAACACAAACAAGCUGUUUUAUUCCUCGACCACUUUGAAACCUGUGCAUAUGAGAAUACUUUGUUACUGUAUUAUACUGUAAAGAAAUAAAUUAUGUUUCUAAGUUCUUCAGAUUUGUGUGUAAACGUACACGUGUGACGAUAAAAAGAGGAUUCAAAAUCCUCCGUUACCAUUUCCAUACCCUGUCAUUGUCAUGUUGACCCAAAACCUGCUGAAAUAAAUAUACUACCUUCACAUUCUGAUAA